UAAAAUGUGAUAGUGAUGAACUCUAUACAGAAAAUGACUGAUGAAAGUGAAACUUUACCUGUAGUUCUGAAUACAGAUGAAGUUUCUGUUCCAUUGGAAAAUGAUGCCCCCACUGAUAGUCGAGUGAAUUGUUGGGUGUGUUUUGGAAGUACAGAAGAUGAUCGAGAUGCUGAGUGGGUUCAACCAUGCAAAUGCCGUGGGACCACGAAAUGGGUCCAUCAAUCUUGUUUACAGCGUUGGAUUGAUGAGAAACAAAAAGGGAACAGUUCUGCUGCUGUCACUUGUCCUCAGUGUAAUGCAGAAUAUAUUCUUGUCUUUCCUCCCUUUGGUCGACUAGUAUUUGUUUUGGAUAUGGCUGAUCGAAUCAUAUAUAAAGUUUGCCCUUUAGUCACUGCUGGAAUUGUUGUGGGCUCAAUUUAUUGGACUGCUGUAACAUAUGGAGCAGUUACAGUCAUGCAGAUACUCGGUCAUAAGGAAGGUCUGAAUAGUAUGGAACAAGCUGACCCGUUGGUGUUAUUGGUUGGUCUACCUACCAUUCCAGUGAUGUUGGUCUUAGGAAAAAUGAUUCGCUGGGAGGACUAUCUCCUACGUUUGUGGCGGCGCUAUUGGAGCAAACUGCCUAGUUUUAACAAAUUGUUAGGACGGGCCACUGAUAUGACCAGCAGCAAUUUGCCAGACCGACCACCUCCUGAUAUUCCUGCUUUUAAUGAUCCCAUUUCUGCUACUCGUGUUCUUUGUGGUGCUCUACUUCUACCUACAAUGGCCACUGUAUUUGGAAGAGUGUUCUUUGCUCAUAUUUCACAGAAUCCUCAAAGGACUUUAUUGGGAGGGAUAACGUUUAUAGUAAUGAAAGGUGUUCUAAAGAUGUAUCUGCGGCAACAGCAGUAUGUGCGUCAGUGCCAACGCAAAAUCCUGAAUUAUGACAAGACCACUCAUGUGCGCAAUCUAUCAGAUCUUGCAAUGUCAUCAUCUCCCACCCACUCCCAGUCGUCCCAGACAGACAGCUCUACUACAUCUUCAGGGUCUUCGACUUCCUCUGAGCUCUGAGAAUUUUUUAUAUGACACUCCUUGGUGUAUCCUUCCUAAUAAAAUAUAGUCUUACUUAUACCAGUUAUGGGGAAAGAAAAUUACCUUUACCACAUGUGUGCAGAAAAUACCUUUAUUAUUAUGCUACAAAAUAUUUAAUAAAUAAGUUGCUUUAUUAAUUAAAUGAGUGUACAUGUUUGAUGUGUAAUCUAAUAUUGUGCUGUUUGAGCCUAUAUAUAUAGUGGAUUACUUGUCAGCAAAUUUUCAAAGGAAAAAAUCUAUUUGAUUUUUAUAUAUACUUAUAAUUUUUGGAAAAAAAAUUCCCCUUGUUUUUGUUUUUUUUUUUAGUUUUUUCCUUUGUCAAUUUUUUUCACCUUUAUUUGUUGAAAAGAUUUCCCCCCUGUGCAAAACUAUUUACAUUCUAAUACUUUUCAUAAAUCUGAGAGUGCUUCAAAAACAUUAUGCUGAUCACUUUCUGCCAAAGUAAAAAAGGAAGUUAAAACACCAGUCUGAAAACAAACUUUUGUAAAAAUCUUUUUAAAAAAAUAAAGUUAUUUGUAGAAUUUAUCUGAAUUCUGCUUAUGAUCUCUUGUAAUAUAUCUUUAAACAUGAAAUAAGCAGAAAAAAACUAAUAAUGCACAUGUGUAAUGAUUUCUUUUAGUAUAUUGAAACUGAUAUAUCAUCUUAGAACUUCGUCUGUUUAAAUUUUAUUUUCAUAUUGUGAAUAAAAAAUUUUACAUUAU